AUGGACCAGGUGAAUGAAGGUUUGUCUACUACGCCGUCUCCAACUGAUGCGUUCUCGGUUCCUCUCUCUUCGUCGUCUCCGCCUGUCCCUCCUCUAUGUACGGCUUCGGAUUGUUGUGACAGUUCGCCAUCAUCUCUGAUGCGUUCCUCGUCUCUGCCCAUACUUCCAUCAACGACUUGGGAAAGUUUUGAAGGUUUGGAGAUCUCUGAAACUAAGCCUCCUCCGGGAACUGACGUGAAAGAAACAAUGGAGAAAGCCUCUCUCGCUAUCACCAGUACUCUUUUGUCUGACACCACCACUCUUCUACCGUUGACCUCAUCUGCUCCAGUAAUGUCAUCUUACGAAACCUCUCUGCCCGUGGCUCCUACGUUGACCUCAGAAGCCGUUAUAGUUCAAUUACGUGACACUACUUCACCGUCUCUGGCUUCAGUUAUCUCCAUCAAUGCAAUAACCUCUAUUACUGUGAGCGAUGCUCCGACGUCUUAG